AUGACAUCUCUAAGACCAUUUUGUCCUACUAGAUGGACGUUACGAUAUACUUCUCUGUGCUCUGUUAUGGAUAACUACAAUGAGCUAUUGACAUUUUUGUCAGAUUUUUCAAAAACUGAACACAAUGAUGCAGGUUCAAAGGCAAAUGGAUUUUUCAAACAAUUAAAAACUGCAGAUACUUAUAUAAUGCUUAAAAUAGUGAUAAGUAUUUUUAAACACAUGGAGACUACAAAUACAGUAUUGCAAAGUAAAUCAUUAGAUUUUAAACUUUCUGUUCAAAUUUUGAAUACUUUAGAAGAUACUAUUUCUAAUUUGAGAGAUACAUUUCACAUUUUAUGGAAAUCUGCAAAGAAAGAAUGGUCAGAUUUAAAAUUAGAUGCACCAAAGGAAUCUAGAAAACGAAAAAAACCUCAAAAAUAUGAAGACGGAGUAACAAAGUCCUUUGAAUUUUCACCUGAAAGUAAAUAUAAUCAAAUAUAUAAAGAAAUCAUUGAUCAUAUACUUUCUGGCUUACAACUAAGAUUUAACUCUGAAAUUCGAUCAUUUUUAUGUAAUGUGGAAAUGUUUUUAAUUGAUCCAAAAAUAUCACCCGAAAUAAUAUGUACAUUUUACAAGGAUGAUAUAAAUAUUGAUAAGCUAAAACUUCAUAGAGAUAUGUUUCAUGAUAUAAUUAAAGGCCAAGGAUUAAUUGUUUCAUCAUUCGCAGAUAUAUUAAAUAUUUUUAAAAAUAAAUCGUAUUUAGUAAUUCAUUUAACAGAGCUCAGGAAAUGCAUACAAUUGAUAUUAACAGUACCAGUUACUACAUGUACUACCGAACGAUAUUUUUCUAUGUUGAGGAGGUUAAAAACUUAUACCAGAAGUACCAUGACGCAGACCAGGUUAAAUGAUCUGUGGUAA